AUGGGAUCACUUUGUGGGGAUGAGCUACAACAGCAAUGGGAUGUACAUGGAUCAGGUGACCAUGAAGAGAAGAUAUUCGUUGCAAUCAGGUUGAGGCCAUUGAAUGAGAGAGAAAUUACAAGGAAUGAUGUUUCCGACUGGGAAUGUAUCAACAGCACCACGCUCAUAUAUAAGAAUGGCACGGCAGAGCGGUCAAUGGCUCCGGCUGCUUAUACGUUUGACAGAGUAUUUGGGUGUGACUGCUCCACAAGGGAAGUUUAUAAUGCAGGAGCCAAAGCAAUUGCUCUUUCAGUUGUCAGUGGCAUUAACUCAACUGUUUUUGCAUAUGGGCAGACAAGCAGUGGAAAAACAUACACGAUGUCUGGCAUCACUGAAUAUACAUUAGCUGAUAUAUUUGACCACAUACAUAGGCAUGAUGAUAGAGAAUUUGUGUUGAAAUUCUCUGCCAUUGAGAUUUACAAUGAAGCUGUAAGAGACCUCCUAAGUCCUGAUAAUACUCCGCUUAGGCUCCUUGAUGAUCCAGAGAGAGGGACUGUAGUUGAGAAACUGAUAGAGGAGACUUUGAGGGACUGGAGCCAUCUAAAAGAGCUGCUCUCUAUCUGUGAAUCUCAAAGGCAAAUUGGGGAGACCUCUUUGAACGAAAUGAGCUCCAGGUCUCAUCAAAUUCUCCGACUGACAAUUGAAAGUUCUGCUCGUCAACUUCAAGGAGCCGAAAACCCAAGCACUCUUACAGCUUAUGUGAAUUUUGUUGAUCUUGCGGGCAGUGAGCGUGCUUCUCAGACAUUAUCAGCUGGUGUAAGACUCAAAGAGGGUAGCCACAUUAACCGCAGUCUGCUAACCCUUGGAACUGUUAUUCGCAAGUUAAGCAAAGGACGAAAUGGACACAUACCUUACAGAGACUCAAAGUUGACACGGAUACUGCAGAACUCAUUGGGAGGCAAUGCAAGAACUGCCAUCAUCUGUACAAUGAGCCCUGCACGAAGUCAAGUUGAGCAAUCAAGGAAUGCCCUUGUAUUUGCUAGCUGUGCAAAGCAGGUAAAUACCAAUUCACGGGUCAACGUAGUAAUGUCAGACAAGGCAUUAGUAAAGAAGCUAAAGAGAGAAUUGGCCAGACUGGAGAGUGAGCUGAAAGGUUUAGGGUCAUCAUCUACCAUGCCCAGUUCUGUUGCACAACUGAAAGAGAAGGAACUUCUCAUUGAAAAGAUGGAUAAAGAGAUCAAAGAACUAAAGACACAACGUGAUCAUGCUCAAUCUCGUAUCGAGGAUUUGAUGCGAUCAGCUAGUGAUUGUCAAACUCCAGGGUCAAUGGUGGAGCCCAACCAGCUUCUGAGACAUGGUAUCACAAAUGCAUGGUUAGAUGAAUAUCCAGCGUCAGUAUCAUCAGAUAUGGUAGAUCCUCUUCGUUCAGAUAUUACUUCAGUCAUGUCUCAUCAUUCUAGCCAAUAUGAUGUCCACAAUUCCAACAGACAUGAUAUUGAGCUUCUCGACUAUUCUGAUGAUCACUUUCUGUCUGAUGACAUAUCUCCACGACUGGUCAUUGACAAACUUUUUGGACCUGACCCAUCAAGAGGUUGGGAAAUGACCAAUGGGAAACAUGGUGAAUAUUCUGAAGAUCACUGCAAGGAAGUUCAGUGUAUUGAAGUAGAAGAAUCAAACUUAAACAGGAAUUUCAAAUCUGAAAAAAUAUCAUCAGAAGAUGGAAGUAAGAAUUCAAAUUAUAUCCAUAUGGAGCCUACUUAUGAAGCUUUGCAACGGAAGAUUCAGAGCAUGCAGAAAACCAUUGAACAUCUUGUUAAGCCUUACCGUAAGAAUCAGACAUAUGAAGAUUCAGAUGUAUCCUCUGAAGCAGGUAUGUCUGCCUCUAGAAGCACAGAAUUAGCUAGAAGCAGAAGCUGUAGGGCAGUUCUCAUGCCUGCGGCAUCAUCCCCUCGGUCCUACAAGGCAGAGUUCUACGAAAAUUCACCUCCAAAUGGUUUUGAGAAAGGUUUUCCUGGAAGACCAGAAAGCGGGAAUCAACAGAAGCUCUCUAGAUUCAAGUCCAUUUCCAGCAUCGGGGAGUUAUUUGGAGAAGAGUCCGAAAUUUCUUCUGUUAAUGGUGCUUCUAUGGACCAAAAGGAGCAAGACCCCAAGAUUUCGAACAAUGGUGAAGUUUCCAGUGUGCUCAACUCUGCUGCAGCACUCAAUGACUUGGCAAUAUCUGAGCCCGAACAGCAAUUUACAGAUAGUCUGAUGGGUAAUGAGAUCAAACAGCCAAAGGCACAGCGUGACCAUACUCAAUCUUGUACUGAGAAUUUGUUGAAAUCAAUUGGUGAUCAUCAAGCUCCCAGGUCAACGAUGGAUAUAGAGAUCAAAGAGCCAAAGGGGCAGCAUGGUUAUGCUCAAUCUUGUACUGAGGAUUUGCUGAAAUCAGUUGGUGAUUAUCAAGCUCCCACGUCAACGAUGGAUAAAGAGAUCAAAGAACUAAAGACGCAGCAUGGACAUUCUCAAUCUUGUACUGAGGAUUUGUUGCAAUCAGUUGGGGAUUAUCAAGCUCCCAGAACAAUGAUGGAUAAAGAGAUCAAAGAGCUAAAGACACAGCAUGGCCAUGCUCAAUCUUGCGUUGAGGAUUUGUCGCAACCAGUUAGAGAUUAUCAAGCUCCCAGUCCAAUGAUGGAUAAAGAGAUCAAAGAGCUAAAAAUACAGCAUGGUCAUGCUCAAUCUUGUAUCGCGGAUUUCUUGAAUCCAGUUGGUGAUUAUCAAGCUCCCGAGUCACCGAUGGAUAAAGAGAGCUUAAAGACACGUUGUCGAGCUCAAUCUUGUACUGAGGAUUUGUUUCAAUCAGUUAGUGAUUAUCAAGCUCCCAGGUCGAUGGCACAAGAGGCUAAGCAAACGGUUAAUGGUUUGGGAAGAUUCCAAGAAGAUAUGGGUUCAGACUCAGGGCAAGGUUCGCCAGAGUCACCUUGUAGUUGGCCCUUGAAAUUUCAGACUCAGCAGAGAGAGAUAAUCGAACUCUGGGAUGUAUGCUAUGUACCACUGACCCACAGAACCCACUUCUUCUUGCUCUUUAAAGGUGAUCCAUCAGACUCUGUUUACAUGGAGGUGGAACUCAGAAGAUUGUCCUUCCUUAAGUCAACACUCACACCUGCCUCCAGUAAACGCGCUCUCAACCACGAGAGGCAGAUGCUAAGCAGGCGAAUUUUCAAGAAGUUCUCGGCCAAGGAGAGGCACGCCCUCUAUGAGAAGUGGGGGAUUGGAGUGAAGACAAAGCAGAGGAGGCUACAACUGUGCCAAAGGAUAUGGAGCAACCCAAAAGACAUGCUUCAUAUUAAGGAAAGUGCUGAGCUUGUUGCAAAACUGGUUGGAUUUUCGGAGUCAGGUCAAGCCCCCAAGGAAAUGUUUGGACUCAGCCUCUCAUCUCAACCCAUGAAAGAAAAGUCCUCCUUCAGUUGGAGCCUAAUAAGCCUUAUUUGAAAAAUUGGCAUCACAGAAAGACCACAAAAUCAAAAAAAGGUAUAUAAAUAGAACUAGAAGGAUCAGAAGAUUCUGAACAAUACUUAUUUGUGGAUAGAUCUAAAAACAGCCUGUUAACUAAUGUUCUAAUGGUGUUUGU